AUGAGUUCUUCAUACCACAAUUACCAUGGCGAUGGCUCGAACGGCUCCGCCGAGUAUUCCGCGUACACUCAUAACUUUUGCGCGCACGACAUGACGGGGCAGCUGCAGAGCCAUCCGAUGACGUUCUCGACCUCGAACGGUUCGAACCACGGGCUCAAUGACCCCACCCCAGCGCAUGACACGUAUUCCCAUCUACUCGAUGGCAGUUCGCCCCACACACACUACGACCCGUCUGUGCCUGUUGCACUCUCCGGCAUCUUCGACUCUGCCGCGUAUCCGAACGAGGACAGAAAGGGUUCGGUGCGAGCUCAGCAGCAGCAGCAACAGCAGCAGCCGGCCCAAGAAGAACCCAACCUUGGCGCAACCGCAUCGAUGUCGAGCUAUUUUGAUCCCAAUUCCUCUCAGCCUAAUCAGAGUCACAGCCAGUCACAAGGGGACAUGAUGGCGCAGAUGAUUCGCUUUGCGAACGCAUAUGAAUUCGCUAGCCCGGCACCCGCUACCUCGACCUGCGCAUCCCCGAACACGUUGGCCCUCGUACCGGAUACCCCGAGCCGAGUGCAGCGAACGCCCUCGUUAUCCGUGCCGACGACGUUCAUCAAGGAGCUCGCUGUUCGACCAUCAGCGCAGGGCAGAUCCAAGUCGCACUCUGUCGCGGAGACGUUUGGCAUGAUGGGACCCCCGCCGCGCCCCCUGGUCCGCUCGCAGACCAUGACCAAUUCGCAGUUCGGUCGCACUUCGGCGCCCGCCUCGCCCCAGCAGCACUCGUCGCCGAACGGGCCCUCCUCCGACACAUACAGUGCCUCAGCGUUUGUGCCUGCUCCGGUGCCCCAACAAGCGCCGCAAACGACAAUACAGCGCCCGGUGAAGCAGCAGGCGCAGGCCGGUGCGAGCCCCCAGAAGGUGGACCGACGUCCCUCAUUGCCGAACUCACUUGCGUCGACGUUUUCGAUGAAUCCCACUCGCCCCUCGUCACCCUUUGAUGCCGCCAGCCGUGGAUUGCCAACCGUUCCCGCGCAGUUCGGCCCCAGUGCCUCGGGCACGUGGACGAGACCUUACGCAUCGAACGGAUUCGACAUGGUCAAGAUAUUGUCGCGUGUCGCCUCGCGACCGAACCCGCAACUCGCUCUCGGACCCGUCGACCUGGGAUGCUCUUUUCUCGUAGUCGACGCGCGCAAGUUCGACCAGCCCAUCAUCUACGCGAGCAAGACCUUUGCACGCUUGACUGGCUACUCGAGUGAAGAGACCUUGGGUCGCAACUGCCGUUUCCUGCAAGCCCCCGACGCGCAGGUGGUCCAGGGCGAGAAGCGCAAGUAUACGGACGGCAACGCCGCCUACCACAUUCGUCGGCACAUUGUCCAGGGCAAGGAAUCGCAGGCGUCGAUGAUCAACUAUUGCAAGGGCGGGCGCCCUUUCAUCAACUUGAUCACGGUCAUUCCCAUCUCGUGGGACUCAGACGAAAUUGCCUUCUACGUCGGAUUUCAAGUCGAUCUCGUCGAACAGCCUUCGGCCAUCACGGACAAGAUGAAAAACGGCUCGUACGCCAUCGACUAUCGAAUCUCCAACAUUCCGCGCGAGAUGUCGGCUCCCUCGACCGAGGCCAUCAGCGUAGACCACCUCGAAGAGUUGACGGGCGGCAGCCACGACCAGCCGUUAGCACUCGCCUCCCCCGGGAUUAGUCCGGACCCGAGCGCGAGUGCGAUCGCGGACAUGAUGGAUCCCAGCAAGGUGCUUGAUCAGGUCGACGGACGGGGCCCGGCUGGUCUCGCGAACGAAUCGGGCCGCAAGUUGUUUAACCGCAUGCUGCUCGAGAACUGCGAUGACUUUGUGCACGUUCUUUCGCUCAAGGGCGCGUUGCUCUACGUCUCGCCGAGCUCGAAGCGAUUGCUCGAGUACGAACCGCAAGCCCUCGUUGGCAAGAGUCUGAGCUCCUAUUGCCACCCUUCCGAUAUCGUCUCCGUCCUGCGCGAGCUCAAGGAGGCGGGCAGCUCGCAGAACGCCUCAGUCGACCUCGUCUUUCGCUUCCGGCGGAAGAACAGCGGCUACACGUGGAUUGAGGCCCACGGCAAAUUGCACCUUGAGCAGGGCAAGGGUCGUAAACGUGUGAUUCUUGUGGGCCGCGUGCGGCACGUGUACAAGAUGUCGUGGUCCGACCUUGAGCGAGCUGGUGGCUUCGGCAAGCAAGAGUAUUGGUCCAAGUUGACGACGAGCGGGAUGAUGCUGUACGCCACGCCGACGAUCGGUCAAGUGCUCGGCUAUCGCUCCGAAUACGUCGUGGGCAAGACCCUGGCCGAACUGAGUCUUGGGGAGGAUAUGGCUGCGGUGAUGGACGCGCUCGCCCAGGCCGCCAAGGGCGUUCCCGCGACCGCGCGACACCGUCUGCUUAACAUGGAGGGCGUCGCGAUCGACGUCGUGACCCAUUUCUAUCCUCCGCGCUCGCAGACGGGCGAGGAAUCAACUUCUGCUCCGAUGUUCCAGGGCUCCGAAGACUCGCUCACGGUCGUGGCCCAGACGAAUUCGGUUCCCAGCGAGAUGGCUAAGCCGGCGAAGCCUUCUUUGCCGUCGGCGCCUUCUUCGGUCGCGCGCGCACUGGCCAAUUUUUCCGCCCAUGGGCAGCGGCGCCCUUCUCUGCUUGCGUUGCAGCCAUCGAGCGGCAACGGCAGCGCCGCUUCUUCGACGGAGUCCAGCACCGCGUCGUCGAGCUCGAGCAUGCUCACGCUCCCCUCUUUCAACAUGAGCGCACGAGGCUCGCAAGACUCGGCUUCGACGAGCGGAACGUCGGCCGGCAAGUCCACGACCUCCUUUUCGGCCAUCACGAGCACGUACAAGACGCUCGAGAUCAACAGCAACCUCAGCGACAACAUCUUUGACGAGCUCGACUCGGUGCGCGGCACAAGUUGGCAGUUUGAGCUACAUCAAAGUGAGUAGAUGUGGUUGCGCGUUUUCUUUUCGCUGAUGCGGGCAGUCGCUGACGAGCCGUUCCCUUGUGAUUGUUUGCAGUGCGACUCACCAACAAGAAGCUUCGUGAGGAGAAGGAGGCCUUGGUCGUUCUUCAGAGUAAGAAGCGUCGACGGGAAGCAGGCCAACGGUCCGAUCCGGGCAAAUCCGCCAAGUCCGAGAUCAAGUCGUGCCUCAACUGCGGCAAAACUCAGAGCGCCGAAUGGCGAAGCGGUCCGACGGGGCCCAAGACACUAUGCAACGCUUGUGGACUUCGGUGGUCAAAGUAAGUCCUACAGCUUCUUCCUGUCUUGGUCGGCGGUGACUGUCGGGCGUGGCGACUGAUUCGGUCACCUUUCGAAUGCUUGCACAGAGCACGAUCACAGUCCGUCUCUGGCUCCAAAGGAAACGAAUCUUCGCCGAAAUCGCUCCAGGGCUCGCCGUCUUGCUCUUACCCAACCCCGGACUCGUCUGGGCGACCUUCCGUCUCGCUGCACGGCACCGGGCUAUCGACGCUUGCUGCGGAGGAUACGAAGAAAGUCAACUUAUCGGCGGGUAACGAGCUCACUGUGCCACCUGUUCCUUCCCCGUCCCUCGCUCCCCCGACCGCCGCUGGUCAUCAACGGCCAGCGUUCAAUACUUAUCACUCGGCCUACUCAACCGGAUGA